GCGACUCGGUGUCGCGCGGCGCCGCCUGCUCUUCCGAAACAGCACGACGAUGCUCGAUCUUCACCGUCUCACCAGAUGCCACUGACAUCGAUGGGCGAUAUGCUGAAGGAGCUUCGCGAGAAGUCGAAGAAACGGAAGCAGCUCUUGGCGCAAACGUUCGGCGUGUCGGGGGUGGAGGAGCUGAGGCAGGUGCUGGGGACGGGAGAGGAGAGCCCGAAGAAGCAGCACGUCGAUAAUCCUUCGGAAUCGAAGGCGACAUCAUCAUCAUCAUCAUCAGGGGAGAGAAGAGGAGAGAGUAGUAGCAGCAGCAGCAGCAAGGAGCAGCAGGGUAAUGAUGAGCUGGUGUACAGAGAUUCAUCGACGUUCCUCAAAGGAACGCAAUCGUCAAAUCCGCACAACGAUUACUGCCAGCAUUUCGUGGAUACGGGACAGAGGCCGCAGAAUUUCAUCAGGGACGUCGGUUUGGCCGACAGGUUCGAGGAGUAUCCAAAGUUGAGGGAGCUGAUCAAGCUGAAAGACGAUCUGAUACAGCAGACGGCGAAUCCGCCGAUGUACUUGAAAUGCGAUCUGCUCAGUUACGAUUUGAAAGGUCUCAAUUCGAAGUUCGACGUGAUCCUGAUCGAACCGCCGCUCGAGGAGUACCAGAGGACGAUGGGUGUGACGAACAUGCAGUUCUGGUCGUGGGAUCAGAUCAUGAAUCUGGAUAUCGGGGAGGUGGCGGCGCAAAGGAGCUUCGUGUUCCUAUGGUGCGGCAGCUCGGAGGGUUUGGACAUGGGCAGAGUGUGCCUGAGAAAGUGGGGUUUCAGAAGGUGCGAAGAUAUCUGUUGGAUCAGGACGAACAUCACGAAUCCGGGACACUCGAAGAAUCUGGAGGCGAAGGCGGUGUUUCAGAGGACGAAGGAGCACUGUCUGAUGGGAAUCAAGGGGACGGUGAGACGAUCAACGGACGGCGAUUUCAUCCAUGCGAAUGUCGACAUCGAUUUGAUCAUCUCGGAGGAGACGGAGUACGGAAGCCUGGAGAAGCCUGUGGAGAUCUUCCACAUCAUCGAGCACUUUUGCUUAGGUAGAAGGAGACUGCACGUCUUCGGCAGGGACUCGACCGUAAGACCUGGUUGGCUAACGCUCGGUCCAGAAUUGACGAACACGAAUUUCAAUGCGGACACCUACAACGGCUAUUUCAAUCCGAGCACUCUGACGACCGGCUGCACCGAGAGGAUAGAGGCGCUCCGGCCGAAGAGUCCUCCGCCGAAGGGAAAAGGUAGCGCCGGCGGUCGAGGUCGAGGAGGAUUCUCCAGGGGUCGCGGCAGAGGACGAUAGUUGGGGAAUUGGUAGGGGAUCGGAUAGGAGGAGGGUUGAGGUUGUGGUCGUAGUAGUAAUCGAUUAUUCGUUCGUUUCUACACACUCUUCAACUAUAUCAAUUUUACAUUUAAUUUAAUAUCUCCUUCAUUUUAAUUAAUAAAAUACUAUGUAUUCU